AUGCCAUGUCUGUCUCCGGACGGAAAGAUCAUUCUCGAGUCGGCAGGCACGGUGGCUUCGAAUCCGGAUGGCAACGGUGGUCUUUAUCCCGCGCUCCAACGGAGCGGCUGCCUGGGUCGUCUCCAAUCCCUCGGGGUGAAGAGUUUGCAUGUCUUCUCCGUGGACAAUCCUCUUUGCCGGCCUGCCGACCCAUGCUUCGUUGGGUACUGCCUCGCCCGGAGCGCCGACUGUGGAAACAAAUGUGUUUGGAAGGCAAGUCCGGAGGAGAAGGUUGGUGUAGUGGCCAAGAAGGGCGGGCGGCCGAGUGUGGUGGAGUAUAGUGAGCUGGACGAUGCGCGGAAGAACCAGCUUGAUGGUACUGGAAGAUUGGCUUUCGGAGCUUCAAGCUCAGCAGCGUGA